UUUCUCUGUGUGUCCAGGAUUUCCAAGUGGAAUCGAUUGAUUUUGCGCGCGCCGAGUCGCCGACUGUGCUUCAAUACUCUAGAGUACUGUGCAUCAUCUGUGCGACGGAAAAGAAGGACAUCAUUCGAAUCGUGAUUCGGGCCAUAUUGCAGUCAGUGCGUUGAUUUUCCUGCGGGAAUCGAAGCUCGGCCGACGAUGCCUGAGCAGAGCAACGACUACCGGGUCGUCGUGUUCGGUGCCGGAGGCGUUGGGAAGUCGUCCCUGGUGCAGCGAUUCGUCAAAGGCACCUUCCGGGAAGGAUAUGUGCCUACAAUCGAGGACACCUACACCCAAGUGAUCAGCUGCAACAAGAACGUGUGCACGCUGCAAAUCACCGACACCACCGGGUCCCACCAGUUCCCCGCCAUGAUGCGCCUCAACAUCACCAAGGGCCACGCGUUCAUCCUCGUUUACUCGGUGACGAGUCGGCAGUCGCUCAAGGAACUCUCUGCCAUUUGGGACGCCAUUCUCGAGACCAAGAACGAAGCCAUGGGCGACAUCCCGGUCAUGCUCGCUGGCAACAAGUGCGACGAAACCGAGAGUCGCGAGGUGAACUGCUCCGAAGGCGAGGAGCAAGCCAAGCGCUGGCGUUGCAAUUUCAUGGAGACCUCGGCCAAGACCAACUUCAACGUCAAGGAGCUCUUUCAAGAGCUGCUCAACAUGGAGAAGAACCGCAACAUGACGCUGUCACUGGACGGCAAGGAGAAAAAGUCCCAGAAGGGCCCGCACAAGUUCAAAGAGAAAUGCUGUCUCAUGUGAACCCCCGUCCUGACGAUGAUGCCACAUUCAUCACCCUAAUACCCGAGGCAAACAAGCAAUAAAAAAAAGUGGGGGAAAAAAAAGAAAAAAACAGUUCCUCUUUCCUACUGCUCUCAAAAAAAAACGAAAGAAAAAACUCAACAACGAUAACUUCAGAAUUUGCAGAGUCACGAUUUUGCUACCAAGUACGUUCAAUCAAGAUGAAUGAAUCCUUUCUUGUUUAAUUGCUCUCAAGAUCACGUUUGCUGAUGGAAGUUCCGUUAUCUGAAGCCCUGACGCAAACUUCAAGGAAUUCAGACUUUGAAGCAAUGCAAUAAUACAGAAGCCAGAAUAUACUGUUGUGUGGUGCGAAAAACUUAGGCAUGAGGGCAGUAGCAAAAUGAAACGAGAACUCUUCCAAGCCCGAACAUGGUACAAGCAAUUGCGAAUGGAUUGCGUUGUGACGAUCUUCAUCCUCCCACACGUUUUUGUUUUUUUCUUGCCAAGAAUUCUAAAGAUAGACUGAAUGAUGGAGGAAGAACCCGAGUCGAAGCUAGUCCAGCAAUGGGAUAUCUUUUACUCUUCAUUUUUACUCGGAAUGGGUGCUUGCGUGACACGAGUGGGGUAUAUUUUUUCCCGCUCUUUGUUCGACUUGACUGUGAUUGCGGGGUGAAAAGAGAGAUGAAUUAGAAGCAUUCCCUUUUCCGCCCCUGAUGAAGCCCGAAAUUCGCACAGAGAGAGAAGAAAUUGAGAAAGGAAAGACACCAUUUUGGAAUGUAUCUUUAGGACCCGUCUUGGGCCUUUUAUCGACGUGCGAGGAUUUUUCCCCCUUCUCAUCAUCGCUCCGCGGAUUCAUGUUUUUAUGAAUUCAAAAUGAUAGCAAACCCUUAUCCUCCAGAAGGAAGCAAUUUUCUUGACCAGCGAAAAAGUGCAGCGAACCCAGGUGGCCGUGUAUAGAUUCUAUAGAAAACGACUUUUGCAGUUUAUGUUGAACAAUUCGCAAAAGAGUAUAGAAGGAAAAAGCAGUGAUAUGGUAGGAAUAAUGCUUAUUUCCAACUGCUUUUUGCAGCGAUCUCAGAUUUCAUAGGCCGAAAUGAUCUCAUUGCCCAUUGAGAACCAUUCGCUUUCCAUCGGGUUACCUUUCAAACAUGUUUUUGUUGUUUUUUUACAUCGAAAACUUGAGGUGCCGACAUUUUUUAUUCGAGUGACGAAUUUAUGCUCGCGAAACGAGUGAGCAGGAAUUUCGGGGAAUCUGAUGUUUUCUUCGAAAAGGCAACCAGUGCGUUGAUUUUGUUGCAUUUUACGAAUUCUUCACCCUUUUUUAAAAUUCGCAAAACAAACGAUUUGCCAAUUCUUUGAGCAAUUUUCUAAAGACUUCAUCGAAGUAUGGAGAUCUCAAUUCGGGCGGAUUUUGUGUGGAUGGAGCAACGCGAUGCUCUAACUUCUUGCAGCAGUUCGCGUGUGUCUGUUGCUAUUAUUUAUUUUAAUCAUUCCGCUUUCGUACCAUCAAUGAUCUUAUUGCUUGAACUACUGUUCUAAGCACUUAUCAGGAAAAAAAAAGGAAAUAUGAAACGACCGAUUUCGAGGCGUGUGUUUGUUCGAGUUCGGCAAACACUGUUGAUUGCGAGAGCGUGAAUAAAUCAAGAAUGUUUUGUCAGCAUUCUUCAUAACUGAGAAUCGAA